AUGGUUAUCGGAAUCUACAUCGCCCCCAGCUGCAAGGCAAUGCCGGCGUCCAUGCUGCAUGCCGGCGUCUUGGUGGAGAUGCGGAUCAAUUAUUCUUCUAUCUCUGGAAUGGAUAGUAUUUCUAUACUGCCACUUGAUGCGGGAGACACGGGGCCGGGGCCCAAAAGGGGACGAAGACCACUUGAGGUACCGGAGGGUGGAUCUGUGACCAACCGCCGAAGGAUACAGAAUCGCAUGGCACAGCGCGCAUAUCGACAGCGUAAGGAGUCUGCCAUUGAUAUCCUGAAGCAGAAGGUUGAAGCGCUGGAGCGGUCGAAGGAACAUAUGGGGAGGGAGUUUAUCAACUUCACUUCUGUUAUUCUUGAGCAAGAUACUGUCAAGAAUAAUCCACAGAUCAUUGAGCAUAUCAAGCAGUCUACUAUAAACUUGCUCUCCAGCGCUCGAGAUGUAGAUGUUCAAGAUGGGGAGCAGAAUGACCUUCCCAACGAUCCUCCAGUCGACGUCUCACCUGAUCUCACGCCUCCAAUCCCACAAGCUCAGGUCUUCGACUUUCCAAUGAUGGAUGGUACCGGACAGAUGGACUACACCACCAAUCCGAUCGAACCCAUGCUCUCCCAGCAAAGGCCCAAUUCCGAUUCGACACCCCAUUCCUUCGAUGCAACAUCCUACUUCCAGCCACCCACCACCCAAACACCCUUCUACGACAUGACUUACCAACUCCCCGGAUCAACAUGGGACUCUACACUGCCCAACCCUCGGUCAUACGCAAGCCACGAACUAAACUUUGGCCGACGGUACCACAGAGCCUCUCAGGAGGCGGCGUUUCUUCUAGCGUCGAUGAGACAUGCGCCUCCUGCAUGGUAUCGCAAGGUCUUUGGCUUCUGCAUGCAUUUUGAGACGAGGGAGGAGAUCAGUAGUCGGCUGGGUGAAGCGCUGCGGAAGUCGAAGGAGACGACGCUUAAUAAUUGGCGGUUUCCGUUUACUAAUAUUGGCGGUGCCGGGACAUUCUUUCCUGAUCAGGGCUAUGGUAGUGGUGAUCUACCUAUUGGGAACAGGUCUUUGGAACACGAAGCGUACAGACCACCCGAGAUGUCAGGCUUCUCAAUGGGACCCUUCGGACCCUCCAUUGAACAGAUUAGAGAUUUGCGCUUGAAUCCCCAGUUACGCAUUAUCGAUCCGGAAUAUGACGGAGACUUCUUCGAUUCAGAUGAAAUCGAGAUUUGUCUCCGCGGCUACGGCGUUACUAUUCCAUCGGGUAAAGACUUCGUUACAGCUUAUAUUGACAUGAGUAUGUUUGAGCGAACAUCAGAUUCAGAAACGAGCUCUGGACCUACUACACCUCCUGAUAUGCCAGGUAACGGGAACUUCGUGGAGGAGGAUUUAGAUAGCGAUGAGCCUCCCUCGUUUUCAUGUCCCGCUGGUUUGAUGGGCAUGGCGACGGGAGCGAUGCCGCCGCCACCGAAGAGCAAAGGACCUGGGGAGCAAUGGAAGACGCCUAGUAGACGGGAGACAAAGGUCAAGAUUGAUGUUGAGAGACUUAUUAUGUGUCUUGUCAACUCAACUGUGUGUCUCGGAAGAACACCCGCCGUGCGUCCUAUGGACAUCCGUAAGUCAUUGAAGAUGUCCAUCCUCCUGGAAGACUAG